AUGUUGACGGCGAGUGUCCUUGUGGUGCUGGCGACGUUGUCCCUUGCCACCCCCGACCUAAAAUCCAUCACGCCUAGUCCAGUCACGGACAACGCCCUACCCGCCGAACAAUAUUUCAUUGAGAAGAUUUUCGACAAAUAUGGAUAUAAAGGGGUUAUUACAUUUGAGGGUUUCGAGCACUUGCUGGACAGUCUCGGCCUGGGCGGGCGAGUAUUCGCGUCCCCUCACGACUUAGCUAUACACCGUGUCAAUGGUACCUUUCGCCAGAUGCACGAUACGCAACACAGACAUAAGCGAUCGCCUACAUUAGAAGACCCCAUAUUGAAGAAGUCAUGCCUAUCGCCCAGGGAGAUACUGGAGGUGUAUGGGAUGGAAAACGAGCCGGGAGUCAUAACUAUCAACCCAAAAACAUUUCUAGAAAUGUGUCCUGCUCUUGUUUACCAAUUGGACCAACGCUCCUGCUACAAAACUGAAGUUCCGGCACCUAAGUUAGAAAGAUAUUUAACCUGGCUGUUUGCAAGUUUAAGUAUUCUCGUGAUAAGCGCUACCGGUCUGUUUGGAGUUGCGAUAGUUCCUUUAUUAAAGUCAGUUAUAUUCAAUCACGUACUACACUUCCUGGUGGCUGUUGCGGUUGGUACGCUAUGUGGUGAUGCUCUAUUACACUUAUUACCUCAUGCUUUAAAAUCGCACGGACCACCAUCUGCCCCACAGGAAGAAACAGAAGUAGUGCUCAAAUGUAGCGUUACUUUUUUAACUAUCUUACUGUUUUAUACGGUAGAAGCUGUCAUGCAAACAAUUAAUGGUGGACACGCACACUCUCAUGAUCACGCACAAGGAAAGGCGGUAGAAGAAGUAAAAGUGGAACCUGCAAAACAAACAGAACAAAUUGAGCUCGGCGCUAUGAUGCCUGGAUCGCCUCCUCCGCCUGUUGAGAGACCGAUGACAUCAACUGCCCUUAUGGUAAUUGUUGGUGAUGCCCUGCACAAUUUAACUGACGGCCUCGCGAUAGGAGCGGCUUUCAGCGGAGAUCCAGUGACAGGUUUUGCUACAGCUCUUGCCGUGUUUUGCCACGAACUGCCACAUGAGUUAGGUGAUUUCGCUGUUUUACUGCGCUCGGGUAUGAGCAUUAGACGUGCUCUAUAUUACAAUCUACUGUCUUCUGUGUUGAGCUUCAUGGGUAUGGCUGGAGGUAUAUGGCUUGCGGAGGAUCAUGAAUCGGCUUCACAAUGGAUAUAUGCUGCAACGGCUGGUACAUUUUUCUAUAUAGCACUUGCUGAUUUGGUUCCCGAAAUUAAUGAAAAUAACCACGGGAAAAGUGUUAACGUAUUUCUUGCAGUUCUUGGUAUAUUCACUGGUGGUGUAAUUAUGCUUAUGAUAGCUUUACACGAAGACUCUAUACAGUAUCUAUUUAGAAGUGCGGAACAAUGA